AUGUACCGCCGUAUAUCCCACCCCUCCCGGGGAUAUUCUCCACUCUCUCUUCGUCCAAGUCCCUGUCGUUCCCAUUUUUCUCCCGCGCAAGCCCCCCCGUCACUCAAUCCCAGCGGACCCACCUCCGUCCGCACGUCCAAAGAUACGACUGGCUCUUCACAUCAACGCCACAACCACGGCCCUACGCCUCGAUCUGCACUACUAACGAUGAGAGACAAGGCUCCGAAUCCCUCCUUGCAGCUCGGGCUGGUGGGCUGA